AUGAACUACACAAAAAGCGGAACGAAAACGUCGUCGAGCAGCGACACAGCGACGCCACGACUGGAGGGUGCGAUUGCGAAGAAAAUUAAUAAACUUAUGAUUGAAGAAAUAACAAUAAGCUACUAGAAAUUUCUUCUCUACUACUUGUAGUUCUUCUCUACUAGUAGUACUUGUAGUUCUGCUACUAGAUAAAACAGGAGCACCUCCAUUGAUUCAUCCCUCUGCUCCACACGACCCUACUCAACAUCAGAAUAUCUAAUCAAAGAGCAUCCAAGGCAGGGAAGAAAACUACUUCCGCAGCACCAGCGUCGUCAAACGUUCUUUUAACAGGAGUAGCAGGAGAAAGGAGUAUUUCUGCUUCAACUUCGACAAGAAGUACUAGUCGAACAAAUGUCGAAGCACAAGCACCAGGAGCUGCAGGAGCCUUGUUUCCUAGUUU